AUGCAGCUGCCCACAGGCCCCGGAGCGCUGCUGCUCCUGGCGGGCGUCCUCGCCCGAGGCGGCUGUGGGUUCAAGAACGACGCCACCGAGCUCCUGUACUCGCACGUGGUGAAGGCGGCUGCGGGGGCGUCCGGGGGAGCCCCGGCGAUCCUCCUCGGCGGCGGCGGCGGGAACAGCAGUGCCCUGAACCAGGCUCGCCACGGCGGCCGCCUCCCGGGUAGCAGUGCCACCUCGGGGCUGGAGGCGCGGAGCAGUCGAGUCCAAGUUGGCUGCCGAGAGCUUCGUUCCACCAAAUACAUUUCUGAUGGCCAGUGUACAAGCAUCAGUCCGCUCAAGGAGCUGGUGUGUGCCGGGGAAUGUUUGCCACUCCCGGUACUCCCCAAUUGGAUCGGAGGAAGCUUCGGCACCAAAUAUUGGAGCCGAAGGAGCUCCCAGGAAUGGCGGUGUGUCAAUGACAAGACACGCACCCAGCGCAUCCAGCUCCAGUGCCAGGAUGGAAGCACUCGCACCUACAAGAUCACCGUGGUCACCGCCUGCAAGUGUAAGAGGUACACUCGGCAGCACAAUGAGUCAAGCCACAACUAUGAGGGUCUGUCACCCGCAAAACCUGUACCGCAUCACAAGGAGCGGAAACGAGCCAGCAAAUCUAGCAAGCACAGCCUGAGCUAGGGAGCCGGUCAGCUCUUGCCAGGGACUGAUCUGUGGUCCUGUGCUCUACAGGUCACGCUGCAUCAAGACUGAAGACUUCCAUCGCUGUGUGCUCCCUUCCAAAUCUCUGCUUGUUGCUUCGGUAGAGCCAAGAAGGCGGUUGAUGUAUAAAGAUCUUCUUGGGGACGAUUGUUUUUCCUUCUCUGAUUUUUCAGGAUGGGAGUUUGUGCAAGCACCGUUUUUCUCUAAACCCAUCACCAGAAUUGAAAUAUACAUGAUAUUUGAAAGACUAGCCUCGCCCCUCUGUGACUCCUCUCCUGUCCCAUAAUCCAGCCCAAAAAGUGAAGAAUUGUUACCAUGAAUUUUCACUUGUGUUUUAUUUUCAGAAAGGUGCUUCACUGUGAAUUUUCAUGGGAACAUUUCAUGAGUCAAGAAAUAGUGCCCCUGUUGAGUAUUUUAGUGAAUGUUGGGUAUUUCUGCUCCAAAUGAGACCCAGUGAUUCCUCCAAAGUUCAUGGUAUGAAAUCAUGACAUGCAUGCUCACCUCCAGUUAUCGUGGUAUGCCAGAAAUGCAUGGCUGCAGCUGCCAAUUGAAGCAGAAUAACUAUUUAUUUGUCAGUGUGAUUAUUUAAUGAGCUUGGACAUGUGGUGUUUUUCCAAAUGUUCAUUUUUUUAUGUUUUGUAACUUUCUCAUGUAACUAAAUAUUUUCCCAUGAUUUGUGGUUUGAGUUGGGGGGAAAAUGAGUAUACAUCUUGUAUAUAUGUAAGAUAAAUGUCUUAGUCUUCUGGCUAUAUAUAAAUAUAUAUUAUAUAUUUUUCAUCGUGAACCUUAUCAAUAGUUUGGAUUUUUUUUAUAUAAAUGCUUUUUAAAAGCUAAAAUAUGUCAUAGUUUUUGUUGUUUAAUCUGUGCAAUUCAAAGGGAGGGCCAGUGGCCUUCAACUGCAUUGACCUCUUUCUGCAAAAAUAAACGUGACUUAAAGAUC